AUGUAUAUUGUGUUCAAUUUGAAUUCAAUGAUAUUCAAUGACCCAUCAAACAUCGGUCAGCGCGUAAUCUUGCCGUCUUCAUUCACAGGUUCUCCGCGUUAUCUACACGAAAAAACGCAAGAUGCUAUGACUUAUGUCUGCAACUACGGGAGACCAGACUUAUUUGUUACUUUUACGUGUAACCCCGAAUGGCCUGAAAUUAAAGCGGAACUAUUAACUGGACAGCGGUCUUUCGAUCGUCAUGACAUAAUUUCAAGGGUAUUUCAUUUAAAGAUGAAAAAAUUCAUAAAAUUAUUCACAAAAGAUGAAAUAUUCGGCAAAGUGAAAUGUUACAUGGCAAGUGUGGAGUGGCAGAAGUGGGAUUUACCUCACUAUCAUUUGCUGUUUUGGCUAGAAAGAAAAAUACAGCCAGACGAAAUUGAUAGUUUCAUAGUUGCAGAACUGCCCAACCAACAAAAUGACCCGAAAUUGUACGAUAUCGUGACUAAAAAUAUGGUGCCCGGUCCAUGCGGAGAGCAUAGCUUAACAGCACCAUGUAUGAAAAACGGUAUCUGCACAAAAAAGUACCCUUAUUGA